AUGGAUGGGCGGGGCAUCGAGAUCAUCGUCUCGGACGAGAACGACGCCCGCGUGUCCACCGUGCACUCCGGGAAGAGGGCGGUGCUUCGCCGCAUAUGGAUGGUCCUAUUGGACAAUCGGGUGGCCGGGCGGCCCGACACUGAGAGGGCGCUCCGCCCCCACCAUGAGGAGUAUCGGGUGCUGAAGCGGGUGCUGAACAUCAUCUUCAUCACGAUAGGCGUGGCCCUGCUGGUGUCGGUCUUCGUGGUGAUUAUUUACACGUAUGUUGGUAAG